UUUUUUUUAAAGUCUCGUUUUGCGGCGCGGGGAAAUGGAGAAUUGAGAGGCUCCGUGACCCCAAAACACUAACGGCUGCGUUUACCGGUUCCCCGUCACGUGUUUGUGAAAUCACUUGCUGCUGUCUCUGAUCCUUUUCAGUUUAAUCCCGUCGUUGCCAUUUGAAAUUGGAAUCGAUCUACUACCUUAUUCUGAUUUUUGUAACGACCUACUGUUACGGAGAAUCCAAACUAGAUUACAUGUACCAUUAAAGUAAUGUCCUCUCCACUUCACUUCAUACCUGUGACUGACUGAAUUUUGCUCUCAAUUUCUAAAUACAUACAAACAAUAAUGGUAAUUUGGACCUACGCGUUUUUGUUCAAUUCAUAUAAAUUCAAUAAUGUAAAAAUGUCGACACCUCGGGGGACGUCACUAUGAAUCAUGAGCUAAUAAAAGUGUUAAGAAAGAAACUAGACGACUUAACCAUCUCGGAUUACCACGGCCUGAGCAGUCCGGGUCUGACGUGCUAUUUGAACUGCGUGCUUCAGGUGCUUUUUAUGACCAACGACUUCCGGGAGGAAAUAAGACGAUGCCGCCGUGAAGAUUCAGCAGGCAUCGACACAGUCCUGGGAAAACUGUUCGAUGAGCUAGAGAGAAGUUUGGCUAAAACACAUAACAUCACAAAAAAACUGGGCAUCACAGAUGUAUACAAGCAGAGUGAUGCCGCUGAGUAUUUUGAGAAGAUCCUGUGCUUAAGCAGCACAGAGGCAUCCAAGAUAUUCAAGGGACAGCUGAAUCACAAAACCACAUGUGUCAAGUGCAAGGACUCGAACGACUCCAGGAGCUUCUUUUGGAUUCUGCCACUUACAGUUGAAGAUUCGUGUCGUCAAACCUACAGUGUGGAGAGAGGGUUGAAGGCAUUUUUUAAAGGAGAAAAAGCCUGCGGCGACAACAAGAUGUAUUGCAGUUCUUGCGAUAAAAAGCAAGAUGCAGAUAUUGACUUUGAACUAACACAAAAUCCGAAGAUUCUGACCCUCCUGCUGAAGCGGUUCUCUUUUGACCACAAGCACAGGCGUUAUGUCAAGCUUCACUGCAGAGUGGAUGUGCCCCAAACUUUGAACAUUGAGCAAUGCACAUAUGACCUCUACGCGUUAGUCAACCACUUUGGUAAUCUCACAGGAGGUCAUUAUACUGCAGAUAUCAAAUCUUUUGAAAAUGGGGAGUGGUAUCGCUUCAAUGAUGACAUUGUUGAGAGGGUCCAACAACCUCUGUUUGGAGCUGGAAGCACUUCUGUUCGGUCCCAUACAGCAUACCUUCUCAUGUACAGGAAGGCUCAUAUAAAGUACCAUGGCUUGUUUAACCAGGGAGCAACGUGUUACUUGAACAGCGUGCUGCAGGUGCUGUUCAUGACCAAGGACUUCAGAGAGGCUGUGGAAAGCUACACCUGUGAAAAUCCUGACACCGAGUUUUUUGAUUGUCAUCUUAAAGCCUUGUUUGAUGACUUAAGGAAACAAACAGCAGUCCCCUGUAAAAUCACAACGAAGCUUGGCAUCGUGGACGUGUAUGAACAACAUGAUGCUGCCGAGUACUUUGAGAAGAUUUUAACCCUGACCAGUCCUAGGGCAUCACGGAUCUUCCGUGGACAGUUGACACACCAGACCAAAUGUUCUACAUGUGGUACCGUCACUGUCACAGAUGGGGCAUUUUGGCAUCUUCCUCUUGCACUGGUGAAUGCGCACAGACAAACCUAUAGUGUGGUUAAUGGCAUUACGGAGUUUUUCAAAGCCUCAGACAUCAGUGGCGAUAACCAGCUGUUCUGUGACGAGUGUGAUGCCAAAACUGACGCUACUGUUCAAUGUGUAAUAAAGGAUCAUCCGGAUAUUCUGAUGCUGCUGCUGAAGAGGUUUGAGUUUGACUACCGUUACAUGAGACAUGUCAAAAGAAACAAUGUUGUAGGUAUUCCGGACAUUCUACAGAUCCCAGAGAAUCAGACAUAUGAACUGUAUGCGGUUGUGGAUCACUCUGGUGAUCUUAGAGGGGGACAUUACACAGCAGAAAUCAAGUCCCAGGAUGAUGAGAGAUGGUAUAGUUUCAAUGAUUCCAGUGUCACACUGCAUGAUUACAAGCCAUUCCAGUUGGACAACGCUGAUAUAUCCCGCAGAGCUUAUCUUCUUUUUUACAAGAAAAAGAAAACCUGUGUCGCAGAUACUCGUGCUCCAGACAUCAGGGACUUGUCCAUCAGUGGAGAUUUCUCACCUGCUACCAAUGACAACAAUAACCAGUGUCAAGAUGUUGAUCAGAUUAGAGAGGGAGAGGAGGGCGGGGAGAUAGCAGACGUGGGUAAUGAGACUGCAGAGGCUGUACAAGCAGGAAUGGCAGGAAGACUGGCAGAGAACCAGGGCGAUGGCGGUAUUAGAAGGACGAAAGUGGGCAAUUCUCAACCAAAGCAACACAGCAGUCUAUCAUCUAACUUCAUCUGUAAAGCAGAGGAUUGGGAUAAUGGAGCUGAUGUCAGGCAGAGCAGACCAUACAACAAUCGGGAGUGUAAUGAGGGAAAGAGGGAAGGGUGGGGUUAUCUUCAAGAUGCUCACAUCAAAAAACCAGAGGAAGAUGAGGGGAAAUUAAUGAAGGAUGCUGAGGAGAGAGGAAAGGCAGGAGCUGAUGACCAGGCAGAAAAGAGAGGACAGUUCUUUCCAGAAACUCAACCUAGAGAGAGAGUGAAGGAUCAGGACUAUGCCAAUGCAGGAAGAGACGUUGUUAGACGGAGGAGACCAGAUGUUCAUCAUGAUGUUAAACCGGAAGUCAGUGACAGGCAGGAAAGACAGAGACGUGUUGAAUAUCGAAUCAGACAGGACCGCUCUUUUACACAAGCAGGAAUGGCAGGAAGACUGGCAGAGAACCAGGGCGAUGGCGGUAUUAGAAGGACGAAAGUGGGCAAUUCUCAACCAAAGCAACACAGCAGUCUAUCAUCUAACUUCAUCUGUAAAGCAGAGGAUUGGGAUAAUGGAGCUGAUGUCAGGCAGAGCAAACCAUACAACAAUCGGGAGUGUAAUGAGGGAAAGAGGGAAGGGUGGGGUUAUCUUCAAGAUGCUCACAUCAAAAAACCAGAGGAAGAUGAGGGGAAAUUAAUGAAGGAUGCUGAGGAGAGAGGAAAGGCAGGAGCUGAUGACCAGGCAGAAAAGAGAGGACAGUUCUUUCCAGAAACUCAACCUAGAGAGAGAGUGAAGGAUCAGGACUAUGCCAAUGCAGGAAGAGACGUUGUUAGACGGAGGAGACCAGAUAUUCAUCAUGAUGUUAAACCGGAAGUCAGUGACAGGCAGGAAAGACAGAGACGUGUUGAAUAUCGAAUCAGACAGGACCGCUCUUUUACACAAGCAGGAAUGGCAGGAAGACUGGCAGAGAACCAGGGCGAUGGCGUUCGGAUCCUGACCCUGCAGGAGCGACAUUUCCUGUAA